ACUGAACACACCCAAUGGCCGGCAUCAAGUGACAGUCAGACGUGAAAAUUUGUUUAUUGAUACAAUUUGCAACGCGUUUUUUAUAAAAUUUUUAAUAAAAUCUGAAAAGAAAACGUUUUGAAAUAUGGAUUCAGAUUUGUAUGAUGAAUUUGGCAACUAUAUAGGUCCCGAUUUGGACAGUGAUGAAGAUGAGGAGCAAAGUAUUUAUGGCCAGCAGGAUCAACAAGAUGAACAGGAUGAAGAGGCCAUGGACGAUGAAGAAGAUCAUAAUGAAGAUGAAGACAAAGAAGUCACUGCAGUUGUUUUACAUGAGGACAAACGUUAUUAUCCCACAGCCGUUGAAGUUUAUGGUCCCGAUGUUGAGACCAUAGUACAAGAAGAGGAUGCCCAAGCUUUGGAUAAACCCUUAAUAGAACCAGUCAAGAAAUUAAAAUUUCAAAUUAAAGAACAGGAAUUACCCGAAACCUCUUACAACAUGGAAUUUAUGGCCGAUCUUAUGGACACACCUCCGCUUAUACGUAAUGUGGCCUUAAUUGGUCAUUUGCAUCAUGGCAAAACCACAUUUGUCGAUUGCCUGGUCCGUCAAACACAUCCCCAAUUUGAAAUGAACGAAGAACGUUCAUUGCGUUACACUGACACCUUGUUUACGGAACAGGAACGUGGUGUUAGCAUUAAGGCUACCCCGGUUACUUUGGUCCUGCAGGAUGUCAAGCAGAAAAGUUAUUUAAUGAAUAUUUUUGACACACCCGGCCAUGUAAACUUUUCCGAUGAGAUUACGGCGGCCAUGCGUAUGUGUGAUGGUGUUGUGGUAUUUGUUGAUGCCGCCGAGGGUGUCAUGCUAAAUACGGAGAGACUGUUGAAGCAUGCAGUGCAGGAGAAAAUGGCCAUUACAUUAUGUAUUAAUAAGAUUGAUCGCCUAAUCCUAGAAUUGAAAUUGCCACCUCAAGACGCUUAUUUCAAACUCAAACACAUUGUUGAAGAGGUCAACAGUUUGCUGAGCACAUAUGGCAGUGCGGAGGAUACUACUUUGGUUUCACCGAUCUUGGGAAAUGUUUGCUUUGCCAGUUCUCUUUAUGGUUUUUGUUUCACAUUGAAAUCUUUUGCCAAAUUAUAUGCCGAUACCUAUGAAGGCGUUAAUUAUAUAGAGUUUUCCAAACGACUGUGGGGCGAUAUGUAUUUCCACAGUAAAUCGCGCAAAUUUACCAAAAAACCACCACACAAUUCGGCUCAGCGUAGUUUCGUUGAAUUCAUAUUGGAACCCAUGUACAAGGUGAUUGCCCAGGUGGUAGGUGAUGUUGAUACUACCUUAGCCGACACCUUGGCGGAGUUAAACAUACGCAUUACCAAAGAGGAAAUGAAAUCGAAUAUACGUCCUCUUCUGCGUUUAGUUUGUAAUCGCUUUUUGGGUGAUUUUAGUGGUUUUGUUAAUAUGUGCGUGGAACAUAUAAAAUCGCCUUUGGAUAAUGCUAAAUCGAAAGUAGAUCAUAUUUACACGGGACCAAAGGAGAGUGAUAUGUAUCGUGAUAUGAUUGAGUGCAAUCAGAAUGGUUCUCUGAUGGUGCACAGUUCGAAAAUGUAUCCCAACGAUGAUUGUACAUUUUUCCAGGUUUUGGCUCGAGUUAUUUCAGGAACUUUGCAUGCUGGACAAGAAGUUCGUGUGUUGGGUGAAAACUAUACCCUGCAAGAUGAAGAAGAUUCGCGUAUUUUACAAGUCGGAAGAUUGUGGGUCUAUGAAGCUCGCUAUAAAGUUGAAUUGAAUCGUGUUCCAGCUGGUAAUUGGGUUCUUAUUGAGGGCAUAGAUCAGUGUAUAGUCAAAACUUCCAGUAUUGUGGAUAUCAAGGCCACUGAUGAUUUGUAUAUCUUUAGACCUUUGAAGUUCAACACACAAAGUAUCAUAAAAAUUGCUGUGGAACCUGUUAAUCCCUCGGAGUUGCCCAAAAUGUUGGAUGGUUUGCGUAAAGUUAACAAAUCCUAUCCCUUAUUGUCCACCCGCGUAGAAGAAUCUGGUGAACAUGUUAUUUUGGGCACAGGAGAACUUUAUUUGGAUUGUGUUAUGCACGAUUUGCGUAAAAUGUAUUCAGAAAUCGACAUUAAAGUGGCAGAUCCUGUGGUGGCAUUUUGUGAAACUGUGGUGGAAACCAGUUCGUUGAAAUGUUUUGCUGAAACACCCAAUAAGAAAAACAAAAUCACUAUGAUUGCUGAGCCUUUGGAAAAGGGUUUGGCGGAAGAUAUAGAAAAUGAAGUGGUGUCAAUAAAUUGGAAUAAGAAAAGGUUGGGAGAAUUCUUCCAGGUUAACUAUGAUUGGGAUUUAUUGGCAGCCAGAUCUAUAUGGGCUUUUGGUCCUGACAAUACCGGACCAAAUAUUCUGGUGGACGAUACGCUGCCCUCGGAGGUGGAUAAAAAUUUGUUAACCUCGGUGAAAGAUUCCAUAGUGCAAGGUUUUCAAUGGGGUACCAGAGAAGGACCCUUGUGUGAGGAGCCCAUACGCAAUGUUAAAUUUAAAAUUCUAGAUGCUGUUAUAGCCAAUGAGGCUCUACACAGGGGAGGAGGUCAAGUUAUACCCACAGCCAGACGGGUGGCCUAUUCAGCGUUCCUUAUGGCCACACCACGACUAAUGGAACCUUAUCUAUUUGUGGAAGUACAAGCACCAGCAGAUUGUGUGUCAGCUGUUUACACUGUCUUGGCUAGAAGAAGAGGUCAUGUCACCCAAGAUGCUCCUGUGUCCGGUUCCCCCAUCUACACCAUCAAAGCUUUUAUACCCGCCAUUGAUUCAUUUGGUUUCGAAACCGAUUUACGUACCCAUACACAAGGUCAAGCAUUCUGCUUGUCCGUCUUCCAUCAUUGGCAAAUUGUACCCGGUGAUCCUUUGGAUAAAUCUAUUGUCAUACGUCCUCUAGAACCUCAACAAGCUUCGCAUUUGGCUAGAGAAUUUAUGAUUAAAACUCGCAGACGCAAAGGUUUGUCAGAGGAUGUUUCCAUUAAUAAGUUCUUCGAUGAUCCCAUGUUGUUGGAGUUGGCCCGUCAAGAUGUUUUGCUUAAUUAUCCUCUAUAAGAAUAUGCUAUGGAUUUUAUAUAUUUACUUAUAGGUAUAUUAAGAUUCUGUUUUGAAUAAAGUUUUUAAAACAGUAAA